AUGCAACAUCUCCUGGUAGUAGCGGCACUUGCAACUGUAAUACAGCUAUCCUCCUGUUCGUAUGGUUUCGGAUGUUCCUGGAGGGGAGUGGAAUGCAUCGACUACGAAGUUGUCUCCAACGAUGCGGAAUAUGAAGAGAGACUCUAUCCGGAGACGAAGUGGAUCAGCGUCACGAGCCGUGGGAUGUCACUCUUUGAAGCGAAAGUGAAAAGCUUCAGGAAGCUUAUCUACUACAUACAAGCUUUCAACGAUCAAAAUGUGACGGUCGACCUGACCACGCCGCACAGGACUUUCGUGCACGAGCGCGGUGCCAGCGGCAAGCGAAUGUCUGACUACACCAUGGCAUUCCCUUUGCCUCUCAGCCUGUACCACAACCCGCCGAAAGCAAACGACAAGGAAGUGUUCAUCCACACAGAACCGCCAAGGCGGUAUAUCGUCAAGGUAUUCGGCGGGAAGCCCAGCGAACAGGAAUGGCUCCGACAUGCCGAUGACUUCGUCAAAAGCGUGAGACGAGAUCCCAGCAUAGUCACAGAUUCAUACUACAUCGCCAGAUACGACCUCCUCUUCUGGAUACACGAAAGACGCAACGAAAUAUGGCUGGUCAAGAAUUGAUCGCGAUCUACGUUCUGCGCCAUUGCCAAAGUACCCCCACCGCGUGUCCAAGGGCAGUCUUUGAAAGGCGUGCCGUUAUUGUACUCAUCCUAUAACCGUGACAUCAACUUCAUCCGUGAUCCUGGGUGCAUCGUCUUGGAUCUUAGCACAUGUCACGAGGACG